AUUCGAGAAGAAGUAGUAGAAAGUCGUAGAACCUUCACUGCAAUUUCUGAGAGAAGCAUAGAACAUGUUCGACAACAACAAAAUGUUCCAAGGCAACCCGUACCUCCAGCAAUGGAAUUGUCGUAGCGGAAUUGUCGUAGCAAAAUCUUCUAGAUCCUUUGCCCGAGGGAUGCAGUUCAAUAGGCAGCACCAAACAAUCCUGCUGGCGGCAUCCUUAGACCAUAAGAUCCUGUGGAAGCAACAUUCCAUGCAGUUGAGCAACUCAAUGCCAAUCAACAAAGAUAUGAUGAAAUGUCAUGUUACCUUAUCAGAGCAAGAGUUCGUGAAGCUUGCUCAAAAUGACAAGCUAGUAACUUGUCCUAAUCUAGUGAAAGUCACUCAACAGGUUGAGGCGGCUGCAAAGUGUCUCCCGUAUGAAUCUGGGAGACAAUACACAUUUGAUAUGACUAAAGCAAAUGAAAUCUUUGGUUAUCUAAAAAAGUCAGGACAUAUUAAGCUGCCGCAGGGGCAUAGGGUCUUGACAGUUGCUGAAAUUGCAUCCAAAGAUUACUGGCUGCUUCGUUUCCCUGAAAAACCUAAGGAAGCCAUAGGGGUUGACGAGAAUCCUUUCCCAAUUAUAGAUGUUGGGGUUAAUGUUGUUGACAUAAGAACCAUCUUUGGAAGAAUGUAUAAAGGGCGAACUUUGGCUGCAGGUGACCAACUUUGGCUGCAGGGAAGGAUGGUGUGGAAGAGAAAGGAGAGUCAAGAGGUUGCUGUCCAGAAUGAAUCUCAGCCAGAAGUGCCACCUCCUAAGCUCACCUCACUGAUCGUUAAUGAAAAUGAGUUGAAGGCAACCUUUGAAGCAGAUCAGCAAACAAAGUUGACUAGUGAUGAUAAUCUAUUUAAGGACAUGGAUGUUCUCGAGAGUACCCAUGUUCCUACCCAUGUUUCCAAGGGCAGCAUGGUUGUUGAAGAAGAAGUAAUAGAGGUUCCAGCCCAUGAAGAGGAAGAGGAGCAUGAUAUCUUCUCAGAACAAAUUAUCUUUAACAAAUCAAAUGAAAGUGUGACUCGUCAUAUAAAGCCACUCUACAUUUCAGCUCACAUGGAUGGAGUUCCAGUGAAUCGAGUCCUUGUUGACAAUGGAGCAGCAGUUAAUGUCAUACCUUCUUUUAUAUUGAGGAAUUUGGGUAAAAAUUCUGAGGACUUGGUUUAUACUGACAUAACCAUCAGUGAUUUUACAGGUGGUAUUAGCAAAUCAAAAGGAGUGUUGCUGGUUGCACUUACUGUUGGCAACAAGACAUUAGUGAGUGCUUUCUUUGUUGUAGACUCUUCUGCAACUUAUAAUGCAUUACUAGGACGCAAAACUGAGGUGGUCUAUGCUGACAACAGACCAUUCUUAGCCAAUUCCAAUAUGGUGGAAGCACGGUACUAUGAUGAAGACGUAGGAACCAUCCGUUUCUUCAGCAUAGAUAGACAAGGAAGACCUUGUGGAAUCACUAACAAGCCUACUUUGGCUAAGUAUGUGGUUGAUGAGGUGGUACAUGAAGGUGAAGCGAACACCCAUACCGACGGAGUCACAAUGGAAGAGCUAGAUUUGGCCCUUGUGAAGCUGGAUGACCUUAAGGCUGAUGUACAAGAUCCAUUGAAGGAAGUUAAUCUAGGAACGAAGGAAUUUGAUGAUUUCUCCUUGAAGCAUAUUCCUCACAUGAUGAAUGUUGAAGCAAAUGAACUUGCGCAAAUUGCUUCAGGUGUAAAAAUGCUUGAAGGCAUCUUGAAGAAAGUCAUCGUCAUUGAAAAACGUAUGCUGCCUUCAGUUCAUCAAAGAGGGAUAACGAUGGAAGCAUGCUCACUAAAUGUCACACCUACAGACUCGAGGCAUCCAAUAAUAAAACAUUUGAGGAAUCCCAGUUCUAAAACAUCAAGGAGAACAAGGAUGCAAGCUUUAAACUAUGUGCUACUCGGGGAUGUCUUGUAUCGUAAGGGGCAGGAUGAAUUAUUAUUGCGUUGCCUCGGUCUUGAUAAAAGUUGCCAUGUGAUGUCAGAUGUUCAUAAUGGUAUUUGCGGUGCUCAUCAGGCAUGGAUUAAGAUGAGAUGGCUAAUUCAAAGGCAUGAUUUCUUUUGGCCAUCUAUUCUUAAGGAUUGCAUCAAUUAUGCGAAGGGCUGUAGAGCUUGUCAAUUGCAUAGUCCUUUGCAGCGAGCGCUAGCUUCUGAGUUACAUCCUAUUGUCAAGCCAUGGCCUUUUUGUGGCUGGGCAAUUGAUUUGAUUGGGAAAUUUUCUCCACCUUCUUCUAAAGGCCAUUCUUUCAUAAUAGUUGCUAUAGACUACUUUACUAAGUGGGUGGAGGCAAGGCUUAUGAAGAAGGUUGAGCAGGCAGAUGUCAUCAAGUUCAUAAAAGAGGAUCUGAUCUAGAGGUGUGGUCUUCCAAAAACUAUCACUUCUGAUCAAGGUAUUGCCUUUGUUGGAUCUCAAGCAGAGGCCUUUACAAAAGACAUGGGAUUUCGUUUGCUUAAUUUAAGUCCGUAUUAUGCACAAGCAAAUGGUCAUUCAGAGGCAUCUAAUAAGAUUAUCAUCAACAU